AUGAAAAAAAAAUUGCAAUUCAACAAGCAGUUUCAAAGAUUGGAUAAACUUAAGAAGAUGCAAAAUAAAUCUCAAAUACCGCACACAAAAAUAUGUUUGACAGUUUUUAUUAUUUGCUGUUUAAUUUUAACAUUAUUUUACUAUGACGAAGACCUUUUAAGUACGGCUAUCCCCUAUGCGACUGUCAUCACAUGGGAUGUGCGUAAUCAGUCUGCUACCAACAGCACGCCAAAUAAUGCUUUAGUGGAUGAACUUAAUAAUAUUAAUCUUAACACCUCUCACAGCACUACCAUCAAUUUUACUAGUAGUACAAUUACCACUAUUAUUACUAAUUCGGGUUCAUCUACAAAAGCCAAUAAUAUUGAAAAAAGUGUUCCUUUAUUAGAUAAAGUGAUCACUACAACACAAGCAUAUACCUUUACCACGCUUCCUCCAGCAGCUAUUCAAAAUAUUAGAAAUACUACGCUAAUUCAUAAAGAAUGGCAAUCACAACAAGACCCACAAGAACUAAACUUAAACGACAACACCCAAUCAGGUCCAAGUACAAGCAAGAAGAGACGGUUUGUUGAAAAGGAGGACCCCAUUCCUAAUUUAAGGAUAUGUAAGGAAAUUUGUGAUACAAUAGUAGUGCAGGUAAAUGAACGUUUUAGUUUUACUACCCACCUAACAAUUGCAAGUUUAUUUGAUAGUGAAAAAUUUAAGGACUACCGAGAUGCUUAUGCAGAUUACCUUGUCUCAAGUUCAAAAUGUAAAAUACCCAGUUACCAUCCAUUCAAUAAGGAAGCCAAGAAAUUUUACAAGAAACAAAAAUACAAAUCUUGUACUUCUAAGAAACUUCUCACUUAUGUAACCGUAAAUGACAAUACAGCAACUCUUUUUGUUGAAGAAAGCAGAGUUCCGUCCUAUUCUAGCAGCGGAGUAACCUGUUGCUAUUCAAAUGUUACUAGAGUGCUAUACGAAAAGGAUCCAGACAGUAAAAUUAAGUUAUCACCAUGUAAAUAUUUUGUCAAAAAAACAACCAUAUACAAAUAUCCAGUAUAUGUGAAAUGUCUGAAUGUAAUAAACAGGCGUCAAGUCUAUGAAAAUGUUCACGCUUCUGUUUUAUUCGAUGAAAAUGUCGAGAAGAAACUAAACAACUUUGACAAUACAACAAAUACUUUUAGCGUCCUCUUUAUUGGUAUAGACAGUAUUUCCCGUCUGAAUUUUAUACGUUCCCUUCCAAAUACAUACCAAUUCGUAGAAGAAAACGGAUGGCUACCUUUAAAGGGUUACAACAAAAUGGACGACAAUACAUUUCCUAACGUUAUGGCCAUUUUAACAGGAUAUAACCAGAGCCGAGCCUAUUCAAUUUGUAAUCCCAGAGCAUUGGGAAAAUUAGAUAAAUGUCCAAUAAUUUGGUAUGAUUUUAGAAAUCUGGGUUAUGUGACAGGAUAUGCGGAAGAUGAAGGUUCUAUCAAUACUUUUAACUAUAGAAAGAAAGGUUUUUCGGAACCUCCUGUAGACUACUACUAUAGACCGUACAUUCUAGCUACUGAAAGAUUAACUAAAGUUCAUAAAGAUGGCAUGACUUAUUGUACCGGACCGGAGACGGCAGGAGAAAGAGUAAUGAAUCUGGCCAAAGACUUUGCAGUUACAUUUAAAAAUUAUCCAAAUUUCGGUUUCUUUUGGAUGAAUUCAUUUAGCCACAAUGAAGUCAAUUCACCGUCAGGUAUGGACAAUAACAUUAGAAAAUUCCUAGAAGAUAUAACAAAAAAAAACGUGACCAAAAAUACCAUUGUGAUUUUUAUUAGCGAUCAUGGUAUGCGAUUCGGUCCUAUACGAAAAACCUUGACUGGAUGGCUAGAAGAACGGUUACCCUUUAUAUAUGUUUCUUUUCCAGAUUGGUUUAAAGAAAGGUAUCAAAAAGAAUACGAAAACUUUAAAAUUAAUUCGCAUAGAUUGACUUCUCCUUAUGACCUUCACAUGACUCUUAAACAUAUCCUGGUUUUAUCUGGGCGUAAUUUCACUGUAACAAAAAGUGAUGCAUGUCCCACUUGUAAGUCUCUUUUUGAGGAAGCAGACAGUGACAGGUCCUGCGCUGAUGCUGGCAUUGAGCAGCACUGGUGUACCUGUUCUGGUUUCAAAGAUGUAACUCUAAGUUUUGAAGUGAGAAAUAAAUUAUCAAAAUUUAUGUUGAAUACAAUACACGAUAUAAUUCGUUCAAAAAAUAGUGAUCAUAGAUGUGCCAAAUAUUUAGUAGGAAAAAUUUUAGGAACUAGAAUUUCUCAAGGAUCUUCUAACAACAUAACAUAUAUCCUUUUUCAUUUAGAAACCAAACCUAACGCAGUAUUUGAGAGUACUAUUAGUUUUGUUGGAGAUAUUACUACUUCAAAUUUUUCAAUUUCUGGUGAUAUUAGUAGGUUAGAUAGUUAUAAUGAGCAUAGCAAAUGUGUUAGUGACGCAUAUCUUAGAAAAUAUUGUUACUGCCGUUCAACUGGUGAAAGAAUAUGAAAAGUGCCUUAAUUUAUGAUAAUACUGAAGUUUUUUUAGAUCUAAAAUUUAUUUUCUAUUGCUUUUACAUUUUAAAUGUAUUAUAGUAUCGAAUGUUAAAACUUUGAAUGUUUUGUUCCUAUGUAGGUAUGUUAAUUUUUACCAUAGCAGUAAGUACUUAAUAGUUUUAACCACAAUUAAGACAAAAAUUUUAAAUUUGUUACCUAAGCAUAUUAUAAACAGUUCAUGAUUAAUUACAACUAACUCCAGUGAAUUUUAGGAAGAGCAAAACGACUAUAAGAUGCCUUUUUGAGAAUUUACAAUAAUUAAGAGUGAGACAAAAACAAAAUAUACCUAAAAUGUGAAACAAACAUACUUUUAUAUAAAGUUUUGCAAUAGUACCUAAAGGUUGUAUUUUUAAAACAUGUGAAUUUUACACAUCUUUUACUGAUUCAUGAACGUUUUUAAGACUUUUUUUAAAAAAGUGGGAAGCUACGUAAUCAAAAAUAAUAGCCAAAAACUAUGUGAUAAAAAAUUAAAAAUGUAUUGCUUAAUGUUAAACGAAUUUGAUGUUUUUGUCAUGUUAAUUGAAAUCAAAAACAAAAAAAAACUAAAAAAAAUUAGUUUUCAAAAAAAUUUCACACAUCAAUUUAGUAAACAAUGCACGUAUAAAACCGAUAACAUAUUACAUUACCAGUGAUGUACACAAGUGAUGUAGACUAUUUUGUCUACGACCACAAAUCAAUUUUAACGAAAAAAUUUAAAAUCAGGAAAUUUACCAAUGGAGGUUUAAUCUAGAUCUGGUUGGUUUAUCUUCGGCUAUGGAUCAUAGAACUGGCGUUUAAUUCAAGAUAAAAAUAAUUUUUUUUGUUUUCCCAAAAAUAAUAAAAUUGAAAACUACACAAGUCUGUAGUUUAUUGGUUUUAAAUAUAUUUAAGCAUCUUAAUUACUUCUUUUAGUUUUAAGGGAGAAGCACUUAAAUCAAAAUAGAAAUAAUUCAACUUACCAGGGUAUCUAUUUUUAAAUCUCAGGGAGUAGAAAUUUUGAGGGAGAAUGAGACAAAAAUACAAAUUUGGUGCGUUGCAGAUAAAGGGGAAAACCGGUUUUCUAUUUUCUCAAAUUCAAUAAUAGCUACUCAGUGGCGUAGCCUGAAAUUUGUCAUAGGGGUUCCAUUAAAAUACUAAAAUAUUUCAGUGUGGAGGUGCUUCAUGGGGGGAGGCGUUAUGACCCACAAAACCCCCAUUGCUACAUCACUGAAGCAGUCCGAUUUCGUGUAGGAGUUUCAAUUUCAGUAUGUCGAUGAUCUGUAUCUGUAACGUGUGGAGGGUGGAUUUCCUCACUAGGUCCAUUCUCUAUAUCUGCAACGUGUGGAGGGUGGGUUACUCCACGACACUUAGGCCUUGUUAGGCCCAUUCUGCAUCCUCCUGAGAUGAUAGGCACCUCCUAGCUUGUGAGCCAGCCCACAGAUUUAAUGUAGUUGACAACGUCGCCAAGAGGUGCUUCUCUUAUAUCGGCCGGUGUUAGCCGAUACUCGCCGAACACAAAUCUUCUAUUAAAUGAGGGCGUCGAGCAAUCGUAUAGGAUAUGCUUGAUGGUCUCAUCUUCUUGUUCGCUCCCUCUGUAGAGUGCGGAUUCUGACAGCCCUAUGAUAUGGAGAUGCUUUCGUACUUGGCAAUGACCAGUCAGAAUGGCUGUGACUAGGCGCAGUUUCUGUCUAGUCAUAGUCAAAUAUUUAUUUGCUGCAGUGUUGUCAGGAUAACUUAAGAGCUGCCUGGUAACUCUGCAGUUUCUUGUUUCAUCCCAUCUUUCCUUGAAUUUCAUAAGGGAAUGUUCUUUGAUUAGGUCUGUCACUACCGAUUUUAUCUGGCCAAUGGAAGGGUCAGGUCCAAAAAGUAUUUGGUUGGCUGCUUCCUUGGCUAGUGAAUCAGCAGGACGGUUACCUUUCGAUGUGGCGUGACCUUUAAUCCAUCUUGAGGUAACCAGAUGGAUACUUCGGCCAAAGCUUCGUGAUAUUCUAGUACUAACCCUGAAUAAAUUCGUGGUCUGUUCAGGGUGACUAGUGCUUGUCUGCUAUCUGUAUAAAUGAGCAUAUUGAAAAUGUUCCUUCCAGUGAUAUUGUUUCUGGUUAUUUCUUUUGCUGCUAUGAGAAUCCCCGUUAGCUCUGUUUGAACUACACUGGCACUAUGGCUCACAACCCAUUUUAUGUUUAGGUUUAAGAAUCUGGAGUAUAUUCCACAUCCUGAGCCUUGUUUUGUUUUAGAACUGUCGGUGUAGAUAUGAAUCGUACCUGCCACUUCCAGCUCUUUUAUUUGUUCUAUUAUAACUUUAUAUGGUAACUCUGCAGUUUCUCGUUUCAUUCUCUUUCCUUAAAUUUUACUAGAGAAUGUUCUUUAAUUAGGUUUGUCACUGCCGAUGUUGUCAGUCCAAUAGAAGAGCCAGGUCCCAAAAGUAUUUGGUUGGUUGCCUUCUUAGCUAGUGAACCAGCAAGACGGUUACCUUUGAUCCAUUUUAGGUUGGCCCCAUUGUCGAUGGUUACUUUGGCCAAUGCUUCGUGACAUUCUAGUACUAACUAAGUAAAUACCUGGUCUGUCCAGAAUAGUACUUGUUUAUUUAGGUGAGCAUGUUCCUUCCAGUGAUAUUGUUUCUGGUACUUUCUAUUGCUGUUAUGAGCCUGUGAGCUCGGUUUCAUAUAUACUUACUAUUGCUCAUAGCCCAUUUUAUAUUUAGGUUUAAGGAUUUGAAGUAUAUUCCAUAUCCUGCGUCUUGUUUUGUUUAGAACCAUCGAUAUAGAUAUGAAUUGCACAUGCCGCUUCCAGCUCCAUUAUUUCAUUGUUCCUUUAUACCUUUAUAUAGCUUAUGGAAGAUAGAUCUCGGCGAGAUAGCGUCCAUGUUAGCUUGAAGCAGUGGAAACGUAUCAAGCGCCCACCAAAAGCGAUGUCUCACUUCACCAGAUCCUACAUCAGAUUCUAUUUCAACCGUGCGAAGUCAUGUCAUUAUCAUCAGAGCAAUCUCCUUGAUAUAAAUAUCAAGGGGAGUAAGACUAAGAAUUACUUCCAUGGUUCUAGUUGGUGUAGUUUUCAUAGCUCAUGUUAUAUUGAGACAUGGUGUUCUUUAAAUGUGUUCUAGUUUGUGGAUAACUGUCAAUUGUUAGGUUUUAGAUAACCAGACAACUGCAUGUUAGCAUAGGUCUUAUGAGGGCCAUCUAAGUCCAUAUUUAUAUGCAAUGUGUAUCCUUUUUUUUACUCUAUUUUCCAGGUGUGGGUUCCAUAUCAACUUGGGGUCAAAUAUGAGACCUAGUACGUCCAAAGUUUACUUUUUGGUUUAGGAGUACUGGAGGUUCUAGUUUCAUUUUCAUAAUUUUUCUUGUGAAAAUAACCAUUUGU